AUGGCAUCUACCAGUACUUUCGACGCUGUGGACAGCAAACGUUCGUUCGACCCAACUACAUUCCGGCUGGUGGGAACCGUACACGCCAUGUACGCGACGGAACGCCAUUCCAGAGACAUUCGCUCCAGUAUCACCGCCGCGCUGCUUGACGAGGUCGAGGAAGCCAUCGUUGCCAUGCCCCUAGCCCUGCAGUACGUGAGGAACGCGCUCUCGCCAAUCAACGCCAUCCCCGUCGAGCUUCUUGCAUACAUUUUCAAGAUGGUCGUUGAGCCAGCACAGGCCUUCCCUCACUCAUACGCCGCCUAUCCAGACCCCAUCGAUGGCCUGCAUGUGUCUCAAGUCUGCCGCCACUGGCGAAACGUUGCCUUCGCAUUCCCUGACCUAUGGUCCACCGUCGAUACCGCCCGCCCGAUGUCCGUUAACGCGAUGCUUCACCGCGCCCGAGGCGCACCGUUGAAGGUGAUCAUGCGCGAUCGCGUGGAUGAAGAUUGCAUCGUACCUUGUCUCCGGGACACAGCAGUCCUGAUGGACAUCGUAGACGAGUCCCACCGGAUCGAGGAACUGCACGUCGAGCCGAAGUUUGCGUACGGGAGUCUGCUGAUCGAACGCUUCAAUCAGCCUGCUCCGAACCUCCGUGCGCUUACCAUGCACAGCGUCCAGGGGCCCAUCAGCAACGCAUUCCUGCCAAAGUUGUUUGACGGUUGCACCCCACGCCUGGAGCGCCUCACCCUGGGAGGCUUCGCGUACUGGCGAGGAAACUCGUUUGCUAAUCUGACUCACCUCUGCCUGCACGACCAUGCUCCCGAGAGCCGACGGCCCCUUUCCUCCAUGCUACAGCUCCUGGAGUCUUGUUCCGGCCUCCAGGAACUUGCUCUUGUCGCGGCCGACCUCAACCUCGAGGUCGAACGCGACCUGAGCUUGUACAACACCCUCCUGACACCUGUGGUGCUUCCCUGUUUGCGCACGCUCGACAUUGGCCACUCGUUCUUGCCUCAGGCUACUGCGCGCCUUCUCUCCCACCUCAUACUCCCGCCCUACACUGCGCUCAACAUCUGGGCCCCCGCGUCCUCGCACUUCUUCGGCAAGAACAAUGGAGCGAGGCUGGCGAACCUGAUCCCGGACGACAUCAUCAAGCUUGGCCCUCUCCGCACCCUUCACACUGUCCGCAUCCUGGACCACAAGCACGCUGAGCGGUAUGCCGGCGUCGAAAAGCUCGGCGACAAGACUAUGGACGUGCUCUCCGUCCACGACGGCGUCCUGCACCUCAUCAGCGACUUCUGGAGCCAGGAUGUCCUCGAAGGGCUCCUCAAGAAGCUACACGCGCAGGACAUCCGUGAGAUCACCCUUGCAGUGGACGCUGGCGAGUUCCUGUCGGCGGACGCAUGGACGCGUGUCCUGAAACGCACCGAUGGUCUGACGAAGCUUACCGUCCUCCCGAGGUGCUCUGGUGCUCUGUUCGCCCUCCGUGUGCCCGGUAUCUGCCCGGAGCUCUCUGAGUUGACUGUCCAGGAGGAGCGGCGGUGCACCGGAUUUCUACUGGAGAGCGUCGUCUCGCAGCGGGUGAAUGAUGAGCGCCCGUUGGAUCGACUGCGAGUCUUGGAGGGCAUCUCUGCGUCGCGCGGCUCGCCUCAGCUCGACGACUAUGCAGGCCGGCAGCUGCGGGAAUGUGUGCGAAGCCUGGAGUAUAAGAUCACGGAGUUCGAGGAGAAGGAACUUGCGCUUACGGCAUGGCCCAGUGAUGCAUACCGGUGGAACCUGACUGCGCGGGUUGGGAAGUAG